AUGGUGCGUUUGUCUUUCUUUUUUGCUUGGUGCGUGGCGAUUGCCACCGCCGCAUCGAGAUCCCCAAAUCACGAGGCUGCAUUCGGCGUUUCGUCAGGCUCAUUCACUUCAGAACUUGACAAGUUCAGCGAUACCGAAGCCCAAGAUCUCAUUGUUACCUACUCGUUCCCACCAAACCGUCGAAGAUCGUCAAAGAUGAGCCACUCAGGUCGGAACAGCCCGAGGAUGAACUCCGCGCUGAGCUCUGCGCUGAAUUCAGCGCGAAGCAGCGAUUCUCUCGGGUCGUACAGCGCCGGUACGAAGGCGUACUACCCAUCUUGGAACGCCUCAGCUGUGGGUCACAUCACCCGCCCAGCGAAUCAAAUAAAAGAGUGGCUAGCCGCUCAGUCGGAGAAGCAACACAGCCAACUUCCAGAGUCGUGGACAGGCACCAGAAGGCUGUCAAAAUCCCGUAGACGGGCCAUGAUGCUUGGCCUACAUGUCAACACAGCCCAAAUCAAGACAGCGGACACCCCCGCAGAUUCCGUGAUACGCCCGCCGCCAGGACCUACUCUGAAGACUUCUUUCUCGACGACCUCCUUCUCCGGAAUGUUGUUUCCACGCCCUCCAAGUUCCUCAGCUUCCAAGUCAAACGAAAAGUUAGAAGAAGCCAUCAGAGAAGCGACAUCUCGAAGCGCCCAACUAUCUGUCUACUCUUUAGCUCCCAGCACAGCCAAUUCAAGUCAGACCCAUACGUUCUCUGACAUUAUCCAUCCUCCUCUGCGACUGCCGUUAAACCCUCGUGAUAAAGACGCGAUCCCAAGACGCGCAAAGCCACAGCUGAUGAAAGAAUUACCGGCCAUUCCUCGAGACUAUAGAAAUAGCAUGCCGAUCGAAGCGGGUGACUUCAAGUCAAUGAGAGAGCGUAUUGCACGCGUUGGAAUACAAAUCGAGUCGUAUGCUGUUGGCGGAAGCGAGGAGAAAGGCGGGGAAGUCAUCGGUGGAGGUCAAAUCACAAAUACGGGUACAAGAGAAGAGCAACCGGAGGGUGAGAGUAUAUCAAGGACAGGUACCAGGGAAAAGCAAGAGAGGGGUGAGGAUGUCAUGACGGAUGAAUGGAACGAGAAAGUAAUGGAGACGCGACAAGCGGCCUGGUGGAAAAUUGCGGACAAGAUAACGCCGGCUAUGAAACGACAACUAAGCCGGGUGAAGGUUGCGGAAGGAUCAGGUCAGGUUGAAGUCGCUCAAGGCAAGACAAAGCUGAGAAGGAAGCUGAGCAGAAAGCUGAGCAAAAUGAAAUGUAGCUUACAGAAGAAUUAG